AUGGGCAAGAUCAUCUUCUUCGAGGAUCGAAACUUCGGUGGCCGUCACCAUGAGUGCAUGAGUGACUGUGCCGACCUGCACUCCUACUUCAACCGCUGCCACUCCAUCAGAGUGGAGAGCGGCUGCUUCCAGAUCUACGACCGUCCCAACUUCAUGGGUAACCAGUUCUUCAUGAAGAGGGGCGAGUACUCUGACUACAUGCGCAUGAUGGGCAUGAGCGACUGUGUGAGGUCCUGCCGCAUGAUCCCCAUGCACGGCGGCUCCUACAGAAUGAGGAUCUAUGACCGCCACGACAUGAGCGGCAAGAUGACAGAGCUGAACGACGACUGCCCCAACGUCAUGGAUCGCUACAGCAUGUCCGACGUCCAGUCCUGCAACGUGAUGGACGGCCACUGGCUCAUGUACGAGCAGCCCAACUACAGGGGAAAGCACUACUACCUGAGGCCUGGCGAGUACAGGAGAUACAGCGACUGGGGAGGCAUGAGCCCCAGGGUCGGCUCCAUCAGACGUAUCAUGGACCUCUAAA